UGCGCAGAGGAACCCUCUACCUCUCCAUCCCAAAGCGAUAAAACCGUGCAUUAGUACGAUCACGCCUCUCAAGGCGAACAAACCACGCGCGCUGCCGUCUGCUCGAGCACUCGCUCGCUGCGCGUCUGCGAUCCAACAGUCGAACGCGUCGCGCGUCAUCGCUUUGACAGCUUCGCGUCGAAUCAGGUGGCUGCUGCGCUCUGGAUAGCGAGCGUCAAAGCAGUUUGAAUGAAGUUUUGCGCACUUGCUUAUUUGGGAUUUUGGAGAGCUCGCGCCUACCCAAGCCAUCCUGCCCCCCAAAACCGAGCACCAUGCUGUCCUGCCAAGAUCUGAGCUUUGCAGGAGGGCAGCGCUACGACUACUCCGCCUCGACGUCGGUUGACGGUAGUGUUGACGUUUCCACGGCAACGCUCGUCUCCCUCUGGGAUAUCGGUCCCCUGGACAACGCUGCCCGCCAGCACGAGCCGCCGCGGCGGGAUGCACUGCCUGUGUCUGACCAUGGACUGGGACAUCGGCCCACCUGGCAUGACCAACUGUCACCUCAACUGCAACAAAACAAACAGCUCCAAGACACCCUUAUGCAAAGAGAAGAAGAGCUGGCCAGACUACAAGAAGAGAACAACAAGCUGAAAGAGUUUUUAAACUCAUCAUAUGUUAAGUCUUUAGAGGAAAAAACUAAGAAACUACUUUCUAACGGCAAGGUUCCAGAUGGUUCAAGACAUCGAAAGAGAACCCAUGGUGAUUUCCGGAACCUGAGCCAGCUGUUUCAAAACGGUGAAGGAAAGCGGACUUGCCGCAAUCUUUCUUUGGAGUUCUGCUCCGCUGAAGAAGUGGCAGCCACUCCACCUCUAGACUCAUGGAUACUAGAGACUCUAGGCCUGCAGGACGAGAACACCGUUGACCCAGAACGUAGUUUCAACACCAUUUCUUUCAAUUGUCCACUUCCAACAGAAAAUCCUUACAGCACAACAAAUGUGGACAAUGCAGUCGGCUUUAGCCCUAAUGCUGAGCCACGCUGCGACUACAGCAGCAUCGUAGACUCAUCCAGCAACUGCAGUCUGGACACCUCCAGCGGCUACAGCACCUCUCAGAGCUUGGGUUCAGAUUAUUCAACCCUAGACCCCUCAGCUCUGUACACCAUCACAUCUACAGGGUCACUGGUCAGCUCUCCACCAGCGAUGACAACCGCUCAACACUUUACACCCCCACGAGCCGCCUCCACUCCAUAUCGUCCCCAGGACAUAAGCCCUGCUCCAUACUACAACACACCAGGCUGUGGUUCCUCCAGUCCACCAGGGGGCGACAGCCAACUUUUCACCACACCUCGUAUGUCCCGUACCAGGACAGACUUGGCAUUUAGCAUGUCACUAAGUCCACAAAACAGUGUGAAGACGCACAGUUUCCCUCAAGGACAAGCUUUCACACGCAGAGACGCACAAGGGGGAUGGAACUUCACAUGGGUUCCUAAACAAUGUUCCUAGAGAUCUUUUGUUUCAUUUUUACCAAUUUAUGAGGAUUGACAACCAAACUUGCCCCAUAGGUACAAGAAAUGCAACAAAUCUUCACUUCUACGGGUUAUACAUUAUAUAUAUAUCUGACUUUGUGAUAUUAAGUCAUACAUUUGUAUAUAUAACGUUUUUUAUCCAUUGUGAUUGAAUGGUUUUGAUAUUAGAUGCUGGAUGACAGAAUUUAUUAAAAUCACCCAUUUUUUCCAAAAUAAAUGUUUCUUUUUUAAGUUUUUAGAAUUCUGAAACUGUAAAAGAAAAUAUAAAAAUU